AUGAAAUCAAGACUUCCGCCACUUCCUGCUCUACGAGAUUUCAUUCACAUGUACCGGCUACGCGCAAAAAAGAUUUUAUCACAAAACUAUCUGAUGGAUAUGAACAUUAACAGGAAGAUCGCUAAACAUGCAAAAGUCAAUGAAAAUGAUUGGGUCAUUGAAAUCGGAUCCGGUCCGGGAGGCAUUACAAGAGGAAUUCUGGAAGCAGGAGCAUCAAGACUCGAUGUGGUUGAAAUUGACAACAGGUUCAUUCCACCAUUGCAGCAUCUGGCUGAAGCAGCAGAUUCUCGAAUGUUCAUCCACCACAAAGAUGCCCUUCGAACAGAAAUCGGCGAUAUAUGGAAGAAAGAACCAAAUCGUCCGAGUUCUGUCCCUUGGCAUGACUCAAAAUUACCACAGAUGCAUGUCAUUGGAAAUCUCCCUUUCAAUAUUGCUUCUCCACUUAUCAUCAAAUACCUCCGCGAUAUGUCUUAUAGGCGUGGAGUUUGGGAGUAUGGUCGAGUGCCUCUUACGCUAACAUUUCAAUUGGAAGUAGCGAAAAGACUGUGUUCUCCGAUUGCUUGUGAUACUCGUUCUCGUAUUUCAAUAAUGGCUCAGUAUGUGGCAGAACCUAAAUUGGUUUUCCAAAUUUCAGGUUCAUGUUUCGUUCCACGACCUCAAGUAGACGUUGGAGUUGUUCGAUUCGUUCCUCGGAAGACGCCACUCGUUAAAACAUCGUUCGAAGUUCUUGAAAAACUAUGUAGACAAGUGUUUCACUACAGACAAAAAUAUGUGGAAAAAGGGCUGAAAACGUUGUACCCGCCUGAAAUGGAAAAUGAAAUGGCUGAUGAGUUGCUGAAGAAAUGUCGGAUUGAUCCAACUACAACAUCCAUUAAAUUAGGAAUGGAACAGUUUGCAGAUCUUGCAGAGGGCUACAAUGAGCAGUGUAUCAGUCAUCUGGAUGCUAGAUACAUCUUAAUUCGUGCUCCAUCCAUUAAGCUCCUCGAAGAAAGGCUGAGAGCUCGAGGAACUGAAACCGAGGAAAGUUUGAAAAAACGUCUGCAACACGCAGAAGAGGAUCUCGUUGAAAUUGAGAAGAAUCCGACACUUUUCGAUAAAGUGAUUGUGAACGACGAUCUUGAGCGUGCUUACAAGGAAUUCGUUGACCUUCUUCGUGAGGAUCUCGAAAAAACGAAAAAAUAA